AUGCUGGUGGAUAUUGUCAUCCACGGGGACCUCCUCUGCCCAUGGUGCUUCCUCCAGAAGAAGAGUCUGGAGGCGGCAAUGGAACGAUAUCAAGCCCUCCACCCCGAGAUCGAGUUUGACGUCUCUUGGAAGCCCUUUCUGCUAUAUCCCACAUUACGAAGAGGUGACAAACGCGCUCUCUACGAAAAGAUAAUGUCCCCCGAGAAGCUCCGCGUCUUCACUUCCCGUCUGCAAAAGGCCGGCGCCCGCCACGGCGUCUCCUUCUCCGUCACGGGCGUCACAGGCCCGUCCCAGCCCGGUCACCGGCUCCUGGCCCUAGCCCUCUCGACCCGGGGCGCCGCCGCCCAGGCGGCCCUCCUCGAUGCCCUCUUCCGGGGUCACUUUGAGGCCGGCGCCGACAUUGCCGACGAGGAGUGGCUUGUCAGGGUGGCAAGAAGCACAGCCGGUCUUGAUGAUGUUGCUGUGAGGGCUGUGCUGAGGAGCGAAGAAGCUGGGAGGAUGCUUGAGGAUGAGGUUAGGAGUGCGGCUGUUGGGGGUGUCGAGGCUGUGCCGUGCGUUACGGUGCAAGGGAGGUUCAGAGUAGGAGGGUAUCAAGAGUCGGAUGUGUUUGAAGGCUUGUUUGACAAGAUACGGCGGGAGGGUAGAUGA